AUGGGCCAUGACAGCCCACACGGCCCGCAGGAGAAGGGAUGUCCCUGGUGGAUGAUCCCACCGAGGAGGAGCAGAGCAGAUGGCUGUGGAGAUUUACACACCCACGUGGUUCAUGCACUGCUUCAUCAACCAGAACACCUCCUGAAGCUGCCCCUGGAAGGCCUGCAGGAGUUCCUACAGGACACCCUGGCCCGGGCCCUGGAGGACGAGGCGUGCCCAUGCAGCUGCAGGCCUCCAUGGCUGAGCUACCCAGGAUGGAGUAAGACCUGCCCCUGCCCAGAACCCAGAGGUUGGCGGCCUAGUGGGCUGUUCUCAAAGCUGGGCUGGCUCUGCCAUGCCUGGCCCCACGGGCCCACCUUGUGCAGACCGAACAUCCUGGAGGAGAAGCUGACUCUGUUCACUUACAGCUAA